CCAGCAACACGACGAUGCGCGCACUGCCUCAAAGCACAACGAUGUCCAUUCUCCUCCUUCCGACCCAGAGCAGCGUCGUCUAAGAGGCCUCUUAUGACCGAGUCAGCACAUCGUCCGCAAACAUUAGAACCUGAAAUGCCGCCACCCAGGAAUAGUGGCACGCCGGAAACGAGCAUAACCAAGAGCCACUCGCAGACUUGGCCACCUACGUCUCCCUGGCAGAGAAAAGAUGCGAAGCCUGAUGCAGCAUUAGUGGAAGCGGAGGCACAGAAAAGCAAGGCUACGGCGGCAUCGACAUCACAAUUCUCGACUGCAAAGCCAUCGACGACUCCGGAAACUGCCGCCAAGCCCAGAAAAAGCAAGCUGAGGCCGAGAAAGGCGCCCAUCACAUUAAGUCCGAAAGCGGUGGAACAACUGAAGGAACUCUUUGAACAGCCCGAAAGCAAGCUCAUUCGGAUAGGCGUUAAGAACCGAGGCUGCAGUGGACUAGCGUAUCAUUUGGAGUAUGUGGAUAAACCUGGAGCAUUCGAUGAGAUGGUGGAGCAGGACGGCGUCAAGGUUUUGAUUGACAGCAAGGCAUUAUUCAGCAUCAUCGGAAGCGAGAUGGACUGGUUGGAGGAUAAGUUGAGUGCCAGGUUUAUUUUCAAGAAUCCCAACAUCACGGAACAAUGUGGGUGUGGCGAAUCAUUUAGCAUU